AUGGGAGGCGCCGGCGCGGGCACGGGCGCCGGCAGCGCUUGGGGUCGCGAGGCGCCCGCGCUGCUCAGCACGGCACUGCUGUUGGGUGGCGCGCUGCCGGAGCGCCCGCCAGCGCCGCUCUUCACCAUUGAUAGUAUCCUGGCACCGCGCCCACAGCCACCGCUCCCGCCUUUGCAGUUACAUCAUUUGGCGAAUACCCCAUUCCACAGAGCUCACGACCUUUUUGGUGUAACGGGAGUCGGUAGUGGAGUAGGGGGGGUUGGUGGCUACGCGGGCCUAUACGGCGGGUAUGCAGCGGCAGCACUGGCUGGUCUCGCCGGCCCCCCGCCUAAGCGUAAGCGUCGGCACCGGACGAUAUUUACCGAAGAACAGCUCGAACAACUAGAAAGCACCUUUGAUAAGACGCACUACCCUGACGUGGUGCUGAGGGAACAACUAGCACUGAGGGUCGACUUGAAGGAAGAAAGAGUAGAGGUGUGGUUCAAGAACCGUCGAGCGAAAUGGCGUAAACAGAAACGCGAGGAGCAGGAACGUCUUCGGAAACUUCAGGAGGAGAGGUCUUGCGGGCGCGCAGCCCUGCUGCCCCGCCAGGCACUCUCCCCGGCGCACACCUCGCCCACGCACGUGCCCCCGCCAGGGUCCACACAGAGGGUCUACACGGACGACUCCGAUUCGGACUUGGAAGUUGCCUAAUGAAAUUCCUGUGAGAGUUAAUUGUGACAUGUGAAAUUACUAAACGUUUGGACUAAUCAGACCAAGAACUACUUAACGUAGCUUCAAUUAAUGUCCCAGUGGAUUCUAUUGUGGAUUAUAUGAUUACAUAUAAUGUGGAUUAAAUUAAUAAACUUGGUGUAAGUAGUGCUAUUAAAGGAUUGUAAGAUUUGUGCUAAAAUAUAUUUGGAACGAUCAGAUCCUUUUUAAACAUAGGUAUUUAUUCAUAGUAUCUCAGAACAAGUUAUAAUAGGUGCUUAUACGUACCUAAUUAGUUAAAUGAUAUAACAACAAUAUUAUAAUGAUAAUUAGGUAUUCAGUCAUAAAUGUAAUAUGUAGUAAAAUCUAUAUUUAAAUAUAGAUUAUCUCUUAAUUUGGUUUAUUCGUUUUGUGAUUAUGUAUAAAUGUAUUUUAAGUAGACUGAUGCAAUAACUGAAUAUUAUAAUUAGUGAAUCAUGAUCAAAUUUAAAUGUAAAUUAACAUUUCACCUAUAUCAUUUUAACAUUAAAGCUAUUUCUUUCAAGAUCCUUUGUAUAUACUAAACUGUGUAAUUUUUCAAAUAUUUAAAUUGUUUUUAUAAGACUUGUUAAUUUAUAAUUUAAAUUAUAUCUGCCGUGACCUAUGCUUAUACCAGGUAUGAAAAAAGAAAUACCUACCUGUUUUGCCGUUAAGUAGAAAUAAAAUAUGCUACACGUGAGCUAUUUUUAAUUCCCUUGUACGACUAUAUGGA